GUAAAAAUGUCGUACGAUGCAGGAACAAGGGGAUAAUCUUUGUUGCUGUUGAUCUAAAGAAGCCACUACCAGAACAAGGUCCUUUUGACAUUAUCUUGCAUAAGUUAUCAGGGGAGGAGUGGCAUGAUAUUAUUGAGAGUUCAUGCUCUCCUCAUCAUGAAUCAUGAUCAGAUAGUUGAAAUCAGUCCCCAAGUGUUCAAACAAGAUUAUAGGCAAAAACAUCCCGAAGUAACUGUCCUUGAUCCUCCAGAUGCAAUUCGACACUUGCACAAUCGCCAAUCCAUGCUGCAAGAUGUGGUGGAUCUGAACUUAUCCGAUUGUCAUGGCAAGGUUUCCAUUCCACGUCAGUUGGUUAUCACAAAAGAGAAAGACCCGUCUAGUAUCCCUUAUGAAGUCACUAAAGCUGGGAUGAAGUUGCCAUUAGUUGCAAAACCGCUAGUUGUGGAUGGCACUGCGAAGUCACAUGAACUAUUUCUUGCUUAUGACGAAUUCUCUUUAUCAGAGCUUGAACCUCCACUAGUUCUACAGGAGUUUGUCAAUCAUGGUGGCCUUCUUUUUAAGAUUUACAUUGUCGGGGAAACCAUAAAGGUUGUGAGGCGUUUCUCUCUUCCUAAUAUCAGUAAGCGUGAGCUAUCAAAAGUUGCAGGUGUAUUUCGUUUCCCAAGAGUUUCAUCUGCAGCAGCUUCUGCAGAUGAUGCUGAUCUAGAUCCUGAUAUCGCAGAACAUCCCCCGACACCUUUAUUGGAGAGGCUUGCGAGAGAGCUCCGUCACAGAUUGGGACUCCACUUGUUCAACAUAGAUAUGAUUAGAGAAUAUGGAACCAAGGAUGUGUUUUACGUAAUCGACAUCAACUACUUUCCUGGGUAUGGGAAAAUGCCAGGUUAUGAGCACGUAUUUACAGAUUUUCUACUUAGCCUAACGCAGAGCAAGUUUAAGAAGAAACUUACGACUUAAACUGGAGGAAGUUAGUAAGAUCCACUUAGCAGCCUGUUCUUGCUGGUGGCUUUCAUAAAACUUUAUGCAAGCGGCUUUUGAAUGCCAAUGAGCCACCAAAAUAUUGAAAAAAUGUUGAAAUAUAUAGAUUUCUCAAUAAUCAGCGAAAAUUGCUUUUAUUGUUAUGUAUUUGCUUAUCCAAGUUAAUGUAAAUUUUGGUGAUGCCAAAUUGCUGAAGGUCCGAAUUUUCUA